AUGAGCGACCGAAAGGCCGUGAUCAAAAAUGCAGAUAUGUCAGAGGAGAUGCAGCAGGACUCAGUGGAGUGUGCGACGCAGGCCCUGGAGAAAUACAACAUAGAGAAGGACAUUGCUGCGCACAUUAAGAAGGAGUUCGACAAGAAGUACAACCCCACCUGGCACUGCAUCGUGGGGCGGAACUUCGGCAGCUAUGUGACUCACGAGACCAAGCACUUCAUUUACUUCUACCUGGGCCAGGUGGCCAUUCUGCUCUUCAAGUCGGGCUAG